UUCAAACCCCCACUACCGACUAACUUCGGCCAACUUCACUGCGUCACGUUGAGGAAUCACUGUCAAGACUAGAGAACCUUCAAACCUGCGCUCGCUGCGACUAUUUCAAGUCAUUCAACGGGAGGAAGCGAUGGAAAAGCCAUUGUUAAUGGCCGACAAUGUUCUGACAAAUGCGCGGUCCAAUGAAGUGGACGAUGAUUUCGACCUCAGUCUGUUCCUUUCCGACGAAGCGUCUUUCAGUAUGUUUCCCAAAGACUCGAGGAAUCCCGACGAUGCAGUGAAUGGAACGCAAUCUGAAGACGGACGGAUAUCUGCAUCUUCAAGCGUGUCUGGUGGUGUCCCACUCUUCGAAGGCCCUGAGCCACUACAAGACACGCCGAAUACUACGGAGGGCGGAACGAAAGUGGGCAGUCGCUUCACAUCAGCAAACAUCAGAGUCCUGAAAACAUGGUUCGAAAACCACGAGCGGCAUCCAUAUCCAAACCCGGAUCAGGCCGAGCGAUUACUGAAGCAAACAGGGUUGACCAAACAGCAACUAACAAACUGGUUCGCCAAUACUCGUCGGCGCAGGAAGAUUCGCCCGGGGGGGGCCUCCACGCCGGCCCGGACAGAGGCUGGUUCUAGUCCCAUAGACGUGCCCGUUCGACGACCGACGCCCAUGGCAUUCGAGCAAAUGAACCCGAUGCAACGAUGGGAACACUCUCCGCCAGAUAGCGAGCCUGCUUUAGCUGCCGAUAUUUCUCGCGCAGUCGCUGCAUCAUCUAAGCGCCCAGGACUCUUGGGCCGCUCUCGGUCUUCGGCAGGAUCUUGGGAGAACGCCUGGAGCGUCAGUAGCGUUGGCACAUCUCAGUCAAGUGGGGGGUCACGUUCCAAUGCUUCAGCAUACUCCCACGGCUCUAACAAAUCUCCGACCCCUAUGGAGGCACUCCGGAAGGACUCAAAUCGUCGGAGAAGACGAGCAAUUCUAAAAGAACGAAGGGGGAACAGGUUGAGCCUUCGACAGAUCAAUACCUACCAAUGCACUUUCUGCGCUGAAACCUUCAAGACAAAGUACGACUGGCAAAGACACGAAAAGUCCCUUCACCUCUCACUUGAGGAAUGGCACCUCGACGACCACCACCAAGCAGCCUGCUCGGAACGACCGGUCAAAGAGCGUACGUACUACCGCAAAGACCAUCUCCGGCAACAUUUGAAACUUGUACACAAGACAAGUCAGAUGUCUAAAACCGCAGAAACUUGGAAGGUUAUCACGGACAAGAUUCGGUCAAGAUGUGGCUUCUGUGGAAUCAAGUUUGACUCAUGGGCGACGCGCGGGGAUCACAUUGCAGACCACUAUCGAGACGACGGGAACACCAUGUCAAAUUGGAAAGGCGAUUGGGGUUUUGAGCCCCAGAUACUCGCAAAAGUCGAUAACGCGGUGCCUCCUUGCGUAAUCCAGUUUGAGCAAAGUGCACCGGUGCCCUACUGCGCAAGUGUUUCGCCGGCUGGUUCCGCACCGAGUGCAUACGAACUCCUCAAGCUCGAAGUAGAAUACUUCGUCCGUAACUACUUUGAAGAACACGAACGACUGCCCUCGGACGACGAGGUCAUCUACGAGGCGUGUACCAUCUUGUACGCCUCCGAGUUCUUCAGGCCCAGCGGCACGCCGAAUGCGUCGUCCUGGCUCCGAGACUUGUUGAUGAAUGAUACGGAGUUGUCUGAAAAGGCGCGUCUACGCCCAAUGAACCAAUGCUAUCAACUAGCCAAACUUCGUGCGACCCAACUCCAGAUAAUUGGCAAGACGGACAUCUUUGAGGACUGCGAACUGGAGGCUCAGCUGUGCAGGCAUCUCAGAGAACACCUCGUUCUAGGUCUCACGCCCUCUGACGAUGAUCUGCAGCAAGAAGCUUGUGUCAUUUUGAACAGAAUAGAAUCGGCAUCGACGAAUCCUUCGAGAAGAUUUGCUGGAUUUAUAGUCCGCCUCAUGUGGAAGUCAACAUCGUGGCUGGCACCACUACGUCAGAGGGCCGAAGCCUUUGUAGGGGACUCCUAUGAGGAAUUAGUACCAUGUCUGGAUUCCAUGGCGAACACAUCUGAUAGUCAACUCAGCAGCUUCUUCACGGGGCUACCUGAGCUGAACCAGUUGACAGGAGGGGCAGAAAGGCUGAUACCAAUAUCGGCUGGCGUAGUACGACCAAACACUCAAUUGAGAUCAGCUUACACACAGAUAUCUUCAAGCUAUUGCGACCCCGUCGACGAUAGAGAUCACAUCUCCCCUGACUUCAGUUUUGAUUCCAUAUCAACAAAGCCCAGUGACUUAUACACGCGGUUGCAAACUGCCAAAUCAAUCUUUGAAGGAUCUGGACACUCGCUUAGACGAUCUGAGCGGUCAAGAGGCACUGAUAUGCCGUUCUUUUUGAACGACCCUAACAGAUAUGCUCGUUUGGAAGGGGAACUGUCGCGGUUUGUUGCGACCACCAUUUCGCCUCAGAACCCCAAUAUGCAUAUUCCUUCAGAUGAUGAGCUCAGAUAUCAUGCAAGAUGGGUAAUCUUCGACGAUGAUGACCCGUGGAAUCAAACGGCUGCAGACAUUCCUGAAUGGCUAGCUGAAUUCAAGAAAGGAGUCGGCCUUCAAUGA